UCUGGAGCUAAAAUUGAGGGGAAUCUCUUAGAUAUUCUAAUCUCUUCUUAGUAAUGCUAUUAUCAUUGAUACUAUUUUAGCAUCAGAUCUUAUGCUAAUUGCUUUACAUUUAUCAUCUCAUUUAAAUUCUUUGAAGUAUAGGUACUCAGAAUUUCCCUGAAAAUAGCCUGAAGCCAGGUGUAAUUUCAUGCUAAUUUAUAACUCAAAAGUAAAACCAUCCCUCUUCCAAACCCUUAGGCCUACAGACAUUUCCAUUGGCAGCUUGAGGGGGCGGGCCCCAGGUAUACACAUCUCUGAAAUUAACAGCCAGUCAUUAGCAAAAAUCCCACGUAUGCUCAACCUUUUCUCUGUAUGUUCCCUUUUUAUAGUCCUGCUCUGAGCCCUGAUUUCUCCUGAGGACUCUGCUUCUUUUAGUAGUGGUGGUGGUUUCUCUCACACCCAUUGUACCACUGGGCCUGGAGGCAGUACAGGUGUCCGCAUUUUUUCUUAUACUGUAUAUUUUUUAAUAUUUAUUUAUUUGGCUGUGCUGGGUCUUCGUUGCGGCAUGCAGGAUCUUUAGUUGUGGCAUGCGAACUCUUAGUUGCGGCAUGUGGGAUCUAGUUCCCUGACGAGGAAUCGAACCCCGGUCCCCUGCACUGGGAGCAUGGAGUCUUAACCACUGGACCGCCAGGCGAGUCCCUUCCUCAUACUAUUUUUAAGACUAUUCUCUCUCAUCUCUAACAUACCUCAGCUUUGAAACACAAGUCAGUACCUGUCAUAAAUCUUGGUGAUUUAAAUAUCCGUGUAGAUAAUCUUUCUAACACUCUGGUCUCAGUUCUUUGCUCCUCCAGUGAUCUUGUCCUCCACCCCCACUUCAGCUACUCAUUCCCUUGGUCAUAUUCUAGACCUACCACUACUCCAUAUCUCAAUCUCAAACAUCCCACCCUCCCACCAUUACUUCCUAUCUUUCCAGUUUAUUCCACAUGCCUUCACUUCCCUCCUCCCACUAAAUUCCAGUCAUGAGCCCUUUGUUAAGGGCUUACCUCCCUUGCUUCUCUGGCUUUUGUCACACUCAACUCUUCACCAACUUUACUCCUAGAUCCAUGCAGCUGAAAGGGCUGGGAAGAAACAGGUUGCCUUGUCUUUAAAUUCAUUACCAUAAAACUUGAGUGAGUCCUUUAUGCUACUAGCAAUAUCCCCUGGGCCUUUUACUUGCCCUUCCUUUUUUUUGGCCAUGCUGCAUGGCUUGCGGGAUUGGAGUCCUAACCACUCCGCCAGGGAAUUCUCCACUUGCCCUUGCUUCUGAUCUCUUAAAUCUCCAACAUCCCUCAUUCUCAGUGUUACUUUGGUAGAAAAUAGAAACAAUCAGAAAAGGUUCACAAGCUCCUACCACUAUACCUACAUACCUUCCAGCAUUUAUACCUGUAAGCUCUGCUUUCUCUCUUGUUAUUGUAUACCAGGGAUUCUCAACUGGGACUGAGUUUGCUCCCAGAGGACAUUCGGUUGAUCACAACCAAAAGGAGGUGGUGCUGCUGGGUAGAGGCCAGAGAUGCUGCAAAAUAGCCUACGAUGCACAGAACAGCCCUCCACAACAGAACCGUCUGGGCUUAAAUGUCAUUGGCGUCAAGGUUGAGAGAUGCUGCUCUAAACAAACUGUCCAGGCUCCUGUCCAGCCAGUCCCAUCAUUUGGCUUUCAAGGACAUCUUUCAACAGUUCUCCCUCCUUUUCUGUAGCGUCAGUAUUCCCCUUUCUCUCCUGGAAUAUCCUGUUGGCACACAAAUAUACUGUCAUUUUUCUUACCUUACAAAGACAUAAACCUCUCUUGACCCCAUUUCCCCUUCCAGUUGCUUCCAAUUUUCCUGGUCAAUUUUUUAAAAACAUUUUAUUACUAAGUUUUUAAGUUGAAUUAUGUUGACUUACAAUAUUAGUUUCAGAUGUACAGCAUAGUGAUUUAGUAAGUAUUCUUAUAGGUUAUACUCCACUUAAAGUUAUAAAAUAUUCACUGUAUUUCUUGUGCUGUACAGUAUAUCCUUGUAGUUUGUUUAUUCUGCUCUGUUUUAUAGCAGAACAUCUUAAAAGAGUCUUUUCCACUUCCCACCAAUUCCCUAUUCAGUCCACUGCAGCACGACUGUUCUCAUCGUGGUCACCAAGGACUUGCACAAACCUAAAUCUAAUGGCAUCUUCUGCUUUAUCUUGCACAGGCUAUCAGCAGCAUUUGACACCCCCUCUUUGAAACAUUGUCUUUACUUGGCCUUAGGACAUGUUCUCUGGUUUGCCUCCUAGUUUACCAAGUACUCUUUCUUAGUCUGCUGGUUUCUCCUCAUCUCCGUAGUGCUCUAGAGUUCAGUCUGGACUGCUUUUCUGUUUACAUACAUACCUGGAGUGAUUUCAGCCAGUGUUACACAUUAGAGCCAUUUCAGUGUGGAUGACUUCCCAUAUUUUUAGCUCCAAUCAGGACUUCUGAAUACCUAGCUGCUCUUGGCAUCUCGACUCGGAUGCUUAAUAGGCAUCUCAAAUUUAACAUAUACGAAACUGAACUUACUUUCUCCCCAGCUUACUGCUGCAGUCUUUCCUAUUUCAAGUAAUGACAACUCAAUCCUUCUAGUUGUUCAUGUUAAAGUGUCUUGGUAUUAUCUUUGGCCCCUCUUUUUCAUCUCCUCCAAUUCAUCAAAUCACGUUGACUUUACCUUCAGAAUACAUCCAGAAUCCAAUUGGUCACUUCUCUGCUGCCACCCUAGCCCAAGCCAGAAUUUUCUGCCUCCAAGAUCAGGGGUCCCCAACCCCUGGGCCAUGGACUGGUACCGGUCUGUCAGCGGCCUAUUAGGAACCGGGCUGCACAGCAGGAGGUCCUGCUCAGGGAUGUAGCCUGAGGGAGCAGGAGUGUUGAGAGAGGUAGAUGCCAAGUUCUCCUUUGGUGGUGGCUUCUGCACCUGCUGUAAGACCACCAAGUCUUCAAAAGCCUUUUGGCUACAGAGAAAGGAAACCCCAGAUACAGAAGCCCCUCAGAGAAGCGGAAACCAGGGUUCCAGGUCAUUCUGCACUGAAGGCAGGAGUGGAGGGCCUUACCAACUGUGGCAGAGAUGCCCAGGUGUGCAGAGUCCAGACUUUCUUCACGCACCCCCUCCAGCCCAGUCCAGUGAAGGAAGCCUUUCUGGCCUGGCUCACUCCACCAGAUCCCCACAUCCUACUUGGCUUCUGAAUUUGCCUCGCUCAGCACCAGGGCAUGACCUACAAGUGGAAGGGGAGAGGAGGUCAUAUCAGCAAUCCAGUGAGCUUGGGCCAUGAGCGUCUCGGACUCGGCACAUCGUCCCUCAGACCCUGAACAAGUCUCUCUUCCAGUCCAGAAGGACGGCCUUGGCCUCCCUUUGCCCACCAGGAGAACCCCCUCCUGGCCUCCGUCCCCAGACCAGGAUCCUGGUUUGCCUCCCUUUCCUCUGGAAGAGCCUGGCCCCAGGCCCAUGGCCCCGGGGAGCCUUCCCUCUCCAGCCUUGUCCCUAGAGAAAGAAGAGGAGGAGGAAGAGGAUGAGGACGGAGAAGACGCAGAGGAACCCGAGGAGCUGCACAGCGAGGCGCAUCCCAGCCAGUUUUUCGCGGAGGCACAGCGGCUGCGAGAGCAGAGGUUGUUGCUGGAUGAAGACGUGUCAGUCGGGGGGCGAGUAUACGGGGUGCAUCGGGUGAUCUUGGCUGCAGUCAGCAGCCUCUUCAGAGGCAGGUUGCUGGGCAGCAGAGGUCUGCAAUGCCCCCUCAGCCUGGAUGUAACCCCCGGGGCCUGGGAGGCCGUGCUGACCUUUGCCUAUGAGGGGGUGCUGGGACCCGCCCCACGGGAGGAUGUGCUGGUCGCGGCUGAAGCCCUGGGCGCACCCCGGGUGAAGGCUGCGGCCCAGUGGGGACGCGAGGGGGCUGGAAGCACCCGGGAAGAUGAAAAGCAGCCCAGCCAGGCAGAGGAACUGAGAGAGAACCUGCGCACCAUGGAGCUCCUGUACCAAGAAGGCAUCGGGUGUGACCUGGAGCUGGAGGCAGACGGCUGCCGGCUGCGGGUGCACCGAGCAGCCCUCGCCUGUGGCAGUGAGUUCUUUGGGGCCAUGCUCCUGAGCGGGAUGAGGGAAUCCCAGGGCACAGAGGUGUCUCUGCAUACCAUCUCUGCCCAGGACCUGCGGCUCCUUGUCUCCUUUGCCUACUCUGGGGUUGUGCGGGCAAGGUGGCCAGGACUGCUGAGAGCCACCCAGGCUGCUCUGCGGUACCAGAGCUCUUCCUGCCUGGCUCUGUGCCAGAGAGCCUUGGCACAAGGCCUCAACCCUGCCCGUUGCCUGGCCCUGAUCCCCAUGGCUGAAGCCCCUGGGCUGGAGAGGCUCUGGAGCAAAGCCCGUCACUACCUCCUCACCCACCUGCCUGCUGUGGCUUUGUGCUCCACUUUCCCAUCUUUACCGGUCGCCUGCCUGGCUGAGCUCCUGGACAGCGAUGAGCUACACUUGCAGGAGGAGUUCGAGGCCUUUGUGGCUGCACUGCGUUGGCUAGCUGCCAACCCGGACACCCAGGAGUCAGAGGCCAAGGCCCUGCUUCGAUGCGUCCGCUUUGGCCGUAUGUCCACCAGGGAGCUGCGGAGGGUAAGAGCGGCCAGGCUGCCUCCACCCUUGAGCCCGGACCUACUGCGUCAGCUGAUGGUGGAGGCUGAGGUUCCAGGACAAGAGAGGCGGAGGGAGCCUGACCAGGCACUAGUAGUGAUUGGCGGGGACGGGCUCAGAUCAGACAUGGCCACGAGACAGCCGUCCCGAGGAGUGUGGUGGGCCCGGGCCUUUCGCUGCGGCGUAGGACUGGUUCGAACUGUGGAGUGGGGACGGCUGCCUGCCCUGCCUGCCCCCGGGCGCUUUCGGCACGGGGCUGCGAGCCUAGCAGGAAGUGAGCUCUACGUGUGUGGCGGACAGGAUUUCUACGGCCACUCUAACACCCUGGCUUCGACUCUCAGGUGGGACCCCAGGCAAGAGGACUGGGAGGAGAUGGCACCUUUGUGCCAGGCUCGGAGCUUUUUCCCCCUGGUGGUGCUGGAUGGACUGCUUUAUGCCCUGGGUGGACGAGACAGUGGUGUUGCCCUCAGCUCUGUGGAGACUUAUAGCCCCAAGCUCAAUAUCUGGAGGCCGGCACCUGCUCUUCCAGCACCACGCUUUGCCCACGCAGCUGCUGUUUUGGAGGGCCAGCUGUACGUGAGCGGCGGCUGCAGUGGGACUGGCCAGUACCUGGCCUCGUUGCUGCACUAUGACCCCAAACUUGAGAAGCCGGGGACACUUCUGAGCCCUAUGGGGGUACCUCGGGCUGGCCACGUCAUGGCUGCUCUGGGUGGGCGGCUGUAUGUAGCGGGUGGGCUAGGUGAGACUGGGGACCUGCUGAGCUUCGAGGCCUAUGAACCAAGGACCGAUAGCUGGACUCACCUGAGCCCCCUGCCCUCGCCCCACGUCGGGGCUGCAGGCGCUGUGCUGCAGGGGGAGCUACUGGUGCUGGGGGGCUACAGCCACCGUACUUAUGCCCCCUCCCACCUUAUCCACGCCUUCUGUCCUGGCCUGGGCCGAUGGCUGUGCCUGGGAACUCUGCCGAGGCCUCGGGCUGAGAUGCCUGCCUGCAUCCUGACACUGCCCACCGUGCAGCAAAUAGCUUUGGUUCCCACACGACACCAAACUAAACCUGCCGGGUGAAGGGGGAGUGGCGGUGGAUGGCGUGAGGAAGGGAUAAGAAACAUUUUGAGAGGAUAGAAAUGAUGGGGGCAGGGAUAAAGAGAAGGCUUUAUUCAUGCUCAUGUUUCAUUCUAGCACAGUGCUUUACAACUCACACAGCUUUUGUAUGUAUGAUCUGCAUUGAGGAAAAGGUGGUUCUGGAAUUCCUAGGGAAAGAGCGUUGGGGAAGGAGAGGCAGCUGAAUACCUAGGUAAGGAGAGGAGACCCAGGGGCAACUGUACAAGGUUUAGAUUCUUGGUGGGGAAAGUGCAUCUGGCUGGGCAGACAGUCAAGAAGCGUCAAUGGCCAAGGUGUAGGGGCCAUGAGAGGUCAGUUGGGAAAAUGAUAUUCUGAUCAAUGGACGAAGGAGAAAAACGUGGAGAGGCCAUCCGUGAAAGAGCUGAGGAGUGUGGGGGAAGGACUGCGAUUGCUGCUUCUCUUUACUCUCCAAUCCCUGGGACACCCAAACCCUCCUGAAAAGGUUCUUUCUCGGGUAAACUUGUAGACCCAGUCUAGCGUUUCCUCAGCCAUACAGCACAGGCUGCCCCUAAGAGCCUCUUGGUUUUCAAUCUGAGGAGGAUGCUCCUGUCUGGACCCGGCACAGCACAGGGGCCCGAGAUGCCAGGGCGACGAGGUGGGAGUGCUGCAGGCGGGGAAGAUGAAGACGGGAAGGAGGGAGGCGCCCAUGGCGGCAAAGGGAUGAAACAGGAUUUGAGGGCAUGGGGUGGGAGAAGUCAGGAGCUUGGCUGGCUUCUUUCCUUCCCUUUGGGGUGAAUCGAGGGAUCAGGAGAGAAAACAGUACAGUGUGGUGUGGGUCCUAAGUUGUGAGAGGAAGUGGCAGAGAGAAGAGUAAAAGGCAGAGGAGGCCCAGAAAAGUGGUUCCUUUGUCCCUUUCUUCCAGAGUUUUUUGAAUCCAUUUCCCUUUUUCUUGGCCAGGGAAAGUUGAGUCAGAUGUUUCCUCUCUCUCUUCCUCCACCCUGCUUUUCCUUCCCUUUUUUUUUGCUCUCUUCUAUCUUUUCUCCUUUCUCCCUCACAGUUAUUAAUUAUCUCCUGUGUGCCGGGUACGAUGUGGGGCACUAAGGAUCCCAAGGUCAGGGAGCUCCCGACCAGCACACAGACUUGUAAGCAAAUACAAGUUUGACAGUGGACUUAGAGGUAUGGACACUUGCCUCAUGCCUCUCCCGAGAGCCGCGUACCUCACGUGCCUCGUAGUUGAAGGUAUGAGAGCCCAGAGGAUGGAGGAGGGAACUCUGUCCAGGGAAGACUUCUGUUAGGAAGGCAUCAUCAGAUGGGUGUAGAUUGAACUGGGUCUUGAAGGCUUCCUGGAAACUCACCUUCAGAGAAGGAGGGAGGCAUUCCAGUCAGAGGAAAGAAGCAAAUGGGGCAUGUGGUGCCCUGUGUCUCCAUAGCAAAGCGGAAGUCAGUAUUCCAGGGAUUCUUCAGAGAAUUCUGCUGCUGUGCCAGCCUACUCUCUUCCCUGGAGCCUUCCUGAAGACAGUGGCUUUCACCUAAUUGUAUGGUCUCUUCCUCCACAACUCCCCUACGUCUUUCCUGUCUGGUAUUUCCACUUCUGACCCCUGAACUUAAGGCAAAGAAGGGCCACUUCUUUGUGCAGGUCAGUUUUCUCUUACCCUUGCUAAUUUAGAUUCUCAUGCUGCUAAGGGUGAGGUGAGGGGGCCUCCCUCGCAUCUUUCUUCAUCCCGGCCAGGAGAGACUUGACAUGUUUUUGUUUAUUGUUUUGAGAUUUCAUUAUUUUAUUAAGGUUUCCUUCUAUAUCUCUGUUUAGGAACGUAGCUGAAAAUGAGGAGGGGUAAGUAGGCUAUAUAAGAGAACAGAGAAGAAAGAUUGAAGAAGACAGGGAAGAAGGAAAUCGGAAACACUGAGAAACUACGAGGAUUGAGUCUUUAGGGUGAACUUCUGUGAGCAUGCUCUGUGAUUUGUAUGCAAAGACAGGCUUAAAUAAAGGU